CAAAUUGGACUUGAAGAAGUUCAUCCCAUGCUUCUCUUCAAAAAUGGGCUAUAUAAUCAUGUCCAGUAUAUGGUAUACUAGGAUUAGUGCUCCGAAAAUCGAGCCAAAAAGCGAAAUGAUUCCUCAUGUUUCGAAACUAGUACUACUUCCUGUCAGGUUGAUGGACGGGAAUUCCUGUAUUAAAAAUGAUCGAUGCGAUGAUAUAUCAUCCAGAUGUCAAAAUAUCGCAUGUCGCACCCAAAAUUUCGAAAAUGAAUCAAAAUAA